CUCCAAGCUAUUCGGUUGAAAGAUGGCCUUUAAAAUGAAUUUUGGAUUAUUUUUCGUGCUAUUCGUGUUGGGUGCCGCCUCCUUGGGCGCGAUUGGCGUAAUUCUUGCCAACGUGAUGACCGAUAUGGGUGAGCGCAUGGGUCUCGGCUGGUUCCUGUACACCUCGAACCCCUUCCUGUGGUCCGGCAUGGGCAUCUUCCUCGCCUGCGCCCUGUCCGUUCUGGGCUCUGCCAGUGGAAUCUACAUGAUUGGAUGCAGCGUGGCGGGCGGCGGAGUGCGAUCGCCUCGCAUCAAGACCAAGAACCUGAUUUCGGUUAUCUUCUGCGAGGCGGUGGCCAUAUAUGGCCUGAUCACGGCCAUCCUGCUUUCCGGCAACGUCAACAAAUUCAGCAAUCUGCGGCUGAUUACCGACAGAAAUGUCAUGGCUACCAAUAUGUUCACGGGAUUCGCUACUUUUGGGGCUGGUCUCUGCGUCGGAAUGGUGAACGUGGCCUGCGGCGUUGCUGUGGGCAUCGUGGGUUCCGGCGCUGCCCUGGCGGAUGCGGCCAACUCGGCGCUCUUUGUUAAGAUCCUCAUUGUGGAGAUUUUUGGCUCGGCUAUCGGACUGUUUGGCCUGAUUGUGGCCAUUUACAUGACCUCCAAGGCGGAAACAAUUAAUUAG